CCUUGCCCAAGUCUCCAUCUCUUUCCUCCCAGAAUUUAGUGAGUGCAAAUCAAUGUCGUAUUCUUCGCUGUGUAACCACAUGGUCCAUCAUGAGGAUUCCAACUCGGUAAUUGUAUUUUGAAGGAUCUGUUAAAGUCUUACUCCCUAGAGAGUUGAUUGAAGGCAGAAUUCGGUAUCUAGCCCGAAACUUCUGUAGAUAUCUCGAUUGGGACCUGAACGUGAAUCCAGCAACACCAAUAUAUGUAUACCAUGGCGGCUUUCAAGGUCUUCUCAAUACCAAUUUGCUGUAUAGUAUACGUUUUUAAUAGGUUACAUUGUGGGAGCUCAACUUUUGCGGAGUUGGAGCGUAGUAUAUUAUUCUUUCGGAACUUUUGACAGUUUUGAGUAGUGUCGAUGAGUAGAAGGGAAGCGGAUUAUGAUGGAUACGAAAAAAUCGGAGUUCAUUGUCACUAGUGAUGAACAGAUAAUCUCUAUUUUGUAACUGAUACCAACCGCUAUCGACAAAAUUGUCCAAGAUUGAGGCAGUUCGAUCAAGUUGAGCAUAAUAGAAUCAUCACUUGAACAAUGCAUUAUUCUAGAAUUCAGGGAUGAAUAUGAUCGUAGAGAGGAACCGGCACGUAGUAAAGCUUGGAUGUCCGCGUAAUUACAAAGAUUAUCUCGCAUUUGUGUUUUUGAAGUAACUAAAGAUGUUUAUUUCAAAUGAGAAUCCGUUAGUGAGGGCUGACAGGAUGAUGUUCUGCAUCUCGUGAGUUUCGACAAAACUGAAGAAUGCGCAUCGAAUGCUGCAUUGAAUAGCAUUGUGUGAGAAUUAUGUGACUCAAUUCGCAGAUAUUCACACAGUUCUGAUUGCAUUCGGGGAGACGGAGCGUGUUUACCUUGAAACAAAGGGAUAGGGGCAUAGUUACUGCCAUAUCUCCGGGAGACAAUAAAUUUAUAGCUCUGUUAACGAAAUGAGUCAAGGCAAAUCGCCAGCGCGUCCUCAAAAUGAGCCGGAAACGAAAAUGACGGAAUCUCGUGAGUUUCGACAAAUGCUCGAGAAAAGAGAGCGUGAGCUUUUCGCUUUGAGCGAUGGGAGAAUUCAACAACUGUCCGUUCAGAUACGCGAAAAGGAUAGUUUGGUGACAGAGUUAAAGGACAAAGUCACCCAGCUACAAAAUGACUUGAAACAGAAUUCCAAAGCAGAUGAAGUGGACAAAACAAGUCAGCAGAAAAUCGAAGUUCUGGAGAAAGAGAUAGAAAGAUUGCGCAAGUCUAAAGAGGAUCUGAAAGUAAAAACUAAAAAUGAACUGGAGUCCACAAAAGCUGAACUGAAGGGUCUUAUGGCGAGAAAGGAAGAUGCUCAUAAAGAGGAACUUGAUGCGGCAACUCAAAAAUGGCAGAAGAAAAUUGAUGAGGCAGAGGCUCGUUUGGCGGCGAGCGCUGAAAAUCUAAAAUUUGCCGAGGAAAAAUUUGAAGCCGCUGAUGAAAGGUGCAAGACACUUAAGAAGCAACUUGAUGCUUCUCGUGAAAGUCAGAAAGCUCUCGCUGCUCUUGCUGAUGCUUCGUCUCGACAACAGAAUCAGAAUAUUACACCGUUGAAGGAGCACAAGGAUAAGCAGCCCCAUGACAAUAUAGACGCCAAAGAGGAGGAAAACAACCUUAAGGAUGACAAGGAUAUAAAGAUGCAGGCAGAUGAAUCUUUCAGUGAUGUCAUGGAACAACUACAAGAGUUUAAGGCUCACCACGCAGAGGCUGUGGACUUAUUUAACAAAGAAAUCGAUUCACUUACAAAGCAGUUGGAGAAUGCUACUAGCAAGACAGAGACCUUAGAGACUGAGGUUGAACGAUUGCGAAGGGAGAUUGAAGAGAAGGGACGAGAUUAUAAUGAUCUGGAGGACAAACAUCAUGGACUGCAUAAUCUCUUCGAUCGUCUUCGGGAUUCUGCAGGAGGGUACUGUGAGAGAUCCAGCUCCUAUCCCGUCGCAUCGCCGCUCAUGUCCCCUGGCUCGUCACGGGAAGUUGGAACCCUGCGCGGGGAAAUGGAAGCUCUGCAGAGGAAAAACAAGAAUUCAUCCAGGAAGCCACCUUCGAGCCCCAAAAAGAUGCGUGCAGGGGUCAAGCAAUUAAAAGAAGAACUGAAACACUUGAAAUCUAUGAUUGAGGAUAUGUCAGAGGACAUUGGUGACUUACAAGCCGAAUCACCAAGAGUUCAUUGUCGAAAUAGUUCACAGAGACACGCAGCCUCACCUAAGAGAUUAAGUGUGUCACCCGUUCGUCGGUCACCACCUACGAAAUUCGUGCGAUCCGCCUCUUGGUCUCAAGCAUCAAGUCCACUCUCUCCUGGUGCGAGGACUGCCAGUGGCAGAAAGAAAGAUGGUGGGGCGGAAGGAACAGGAGAUAAGGCUCUCCAGAUUGGCAUUGUAAAACUAAGUCCACGUGCCCUCCUGGAGACCCAAGAAGCAGACAUGCCAUUCAAAUAAGAGGGGGGGGGGGGGGGGGA